AUGAUUCAUGGACCAUGUGGACAGCUUUACCAUAAUAGUCCGUGUAUGGUGGACAACAGUUGCUCAAAAAACUACCCAAAAGAGUACAGCGAAGAGACUUUGUAAAUUUCCGACAGCGGUAACCCGACGUACCGCAGACCAAAUAACGGUCUCGAGGCUAACGUCAGAGGUCACCAAGUAGGAAAUGAGUUUGUUGUGCCAUACAACCCUUACUUGAUCAGCAAGUAUGAUGGGCACAUCAACGUUGAGGUAUACUCUACAGUGAAGAGCGUAAUGUAUCUGUACAAAUAUGUGUACAAGGGACAUGACGCGGCUACCGUGGAAGUUAGGAAUGGAAAUAAAAUAGAAAAGUGA